AUGAAGCUUGAGGAGCAAGAAAGUGACAUUAUGUUUCAGACAGGUAAUGAUGAAUGCCAAGUCGACGUCUCCGAUGAUGACGACGAAAUUAUCUCCAUUUCAUCUUCUCAAUUAUCCCGGAACGACUCCGCUCCUUGGCCUCGGAGUUAUCGACAAUCUAUGGACCUCUUGACCGGAGUCACACCUCCGACGACCAGUUUCAUUCACCUGACGGGUUCUCAAACAUCAUUCACCAGCUCGGUCUCUUCUUUAUUCAAGAGACGUCGUCACAACUCUAACCUAAAUUCGUUUGCUUCUUCCACAAGCAAACAACCGCUUCUCCCCGAGAAAGAAAAAUCCUCACUGCAAUCAUUCUUUUCCUCUCACCUCAAGUUAUCAAUCACCGAUCUCUCAUUUUCAGAACACAACAGCAGCUCGUUUCCUCAGUCCGUUCUCAACGGAAUCAAUGUUUUAUGUGGAGUAGGUUUACUCACAAUGCCUUACGCGGUGAAAGAAGGAGGAUGGCUAGGGCUUUUAGUACUCUUAAUCUUCGGCAUCAUCACUUGCUACACUGGCAUUCUCCUCAAACGAUGUCUUGAAAGCUCUCCUGACCUCCACACCUAUCCCGACAUCGGUCAAGCCGCCUUUGGGUUCACCGGCCGCCUCAUCAUCUCCAUACUUCUGUACAUGGAGUUAUACGCAUGUUGUGUGGAGUAUAUAAUCAUGAUGAGUGAUAACUUGUCUAAACUCUUCCCUAACAUUUAUUUACAUAUCGUUGGAGCUUCUCUAGAUUCUUCGCAGAUCUUUGCCAUCGCAAGUACUCUUGUUGUUCUUCCUACGGUUUGGCUAAGAGACCUUAGCUUACUCUCCUAUCUCUCAGCCGGAGGAGUCUUCUCUUCGAUCUUGCUGGCUCUCUGUCUCUUCUGGGUCGGGUCAGUUGGAGUCGGAUUUCACCCGGGUGGACAAGCUCUCGAUCUCGCUAACAUACCUGUAGCCAUCGGGAUUUUUGGGUUUGGGUUCAGUGGUCACGCGGUUUUCCCAAAUAUUUACUCUUCCAUGAAAGAUCCAUCCAAGUUCUCUUUGGUGCUCUUCACUAGUUUCGGUUUCUGCAUAUUCUUAUACAUGGCCGUGGCGAUUUGCGGCUAUAGUAUGUUUGGUGAGGAGAUUCAAUCGCAGUUUACCUUAAACAUGCCGCAACAAUUCACGUCAUCUAAAAUCGCAGUUUGGACAGCGGUUAUGACACCGAUGACUAAAUACGCGCUAACUCUCACACCGAUCGUGCUAAGCUUAGAAGAACUAAUACCUUCGUCAGAGAAGAUGAGAUCCAACGGAGUAUCAAUAUUUAUUAGAACGAUUUUAGUUCUCUCUACUCUGGUUGUCGCACUAACAUUCCCUUUCUUCGCGAUCAUGGGGGCUUUAGUGGGAUCAUUCCUCGCAAUGCUUAUCAUGGGAAUGUGUGUUUUGAUUAUAAUAUGUGGCAUUGCAAGCGGUUGCUGCGGGACAUACUCCGCCAUUGGAAGAUUGGUAGGAGAAUGGAACUGA